AACUAGCUGAAAAAAUUCAACUAAUUGCCCCUGUGCUAUUCAAAGUCCUUCAGCAUGUUGUCAGUUGUAGCCAAAAUGAAACAAAUGAGAAAAUCGUAUAUUUGUGUACUGGACUUGCUGUUCUCUUAAAUGGUCGCAAUAGCCAUUUAUCAAUGCUCCAGCAUGUCAUUGGCUUUAUUCUGGACCAAGGAGGUGCAACAAAAGAGGUCAUUUCCAUUUUACACAGUAUGGGUCUAAGUGUUUCCCCAAGUACUAUUCACAGAAAGAAGAAAAAGCUUAUGGCCCAACAAGAGAAGAAAGUUCAAGAAGUGGUAGGCAGGCCAUAUACCAAAAGUUUUACAGUGAGAAGACAAGCAAUGAGAGAGGAACUUUAUAUCAGCUGAGAAAUUUAAUCAACAGACGUGAUGUCACAGGAGCUGAUGAUAUCACAGUUAACUUCAGAUCACACACUAAAUUUCUGGAAGAUGUGAUUGCCAGUUACUGUAUCACUGUGUUUAUGAAGAUCCAUGGAAUGCAUUCUAUUGAUGAUCAUCCAUCAAACCUUCCAGUGUUUUCAUUAAUGCAAGACAAUGAUAUCAAAGACUGGAUUUCCAAGGAAUCUAGAGAAAUUAUGAAUGUUCUUGGAAUUUCAGAGACUCGAUCAAUCAAAUCUCUUGCAGAGUAUUUGAAUAACUUUGAUGUGGAUAAUGAAAAUAUUCUGAAAAUGUCUACUGGAAAUGGGUACUCGUGUGCAAUGUGUGACAAACAUUACAAGAAAAAGGGACACUUCAAAAACCAUCUGAAAAAUAAACAUGAGUGGCAUUUCUUCUCAGUUCAAUUCAUUGAAGGAGACAAUAAUGCAAUGAAAAGCUUCAUGAGAAUGGCCAUGCUUCAGUAUGACACUAAAGAUGCAUUCAGAAUGGCUGACGGUGAAAGAUGUUUCCGUAACGCAAAGUUCGAGUGGCUGUAUGCCGGAGCUGUUGGACACACAAAAUACAAAAUCUGGCUGUGGAGAUACGUUGCCUACAUUACAUCAAUCCUAAGUCCGAGGGAAAGUUUCGAGUAUAAAUGGAACAUUUGCCAAAACUUAAUGGGAGGGUUCGAUCAGAACAUUCCCAAUGAUAACUGUGUUGAAUUACAGGUUGGAAAAAUCAAGAAACAACUUAAUACUCAAGGUGCAAACAAAUCGUUUAAUUCUGCUAAAGUAGUUGCACUCACAACUCAAGUUGUUGAUGGUAUCAAAUCCAACUUGAUGGAAGCCAACAAAAUAGCAAAGCCAUCAAGGAAAAGGCCAGCUGUUGACAAAACAGAGGAUAUCAAAAUAAUGGUGAAGUGCCUGUUAGAUAACUGCAACAUAAAUGAUAUGAAUUGGGAAAGUCUGCAUAAAUUUAAAGACCCCCUUUGUUCAAUAGACCCAUUUGCAUUGUAUGAAUGGAUUGACUUGCAAAAGAAAAUUGCGUUCAAUACACUGUUGUAAAUAAAUACACUUGAUGAAAGUUUAUGUGUACAAUAUUGACUUUGGCAAAGGAUCCUAGUACUUUAUUGAAGUAAUAAACACAUAAGAAAAUGAUA